AUGGCUGUGAAGAAGCAGUUUGCCAGAAUCGUUGAAUUGUUAGACCAGAAAUUGAAACAUGUAUCUACGGACAUGACGCAAAGAGAUGGAGCACUUGGAACAUCUGAGGUUUUAAAUCUAAAUGAUAUCAGUGGCAACGACGAAAACUGGUGCAUGCCUUGUGUAUUUGGUUUUCUUCUUGGCUAUCCGGUAAUUUACUGGUGUGACCAAGCCAGUGAUUGUAACUGCCUGAACUUAGUGCCUCUUAACCGUUAUACUGUGACUGUUAAAGAGUCUUCGUUGAUAUUUCAUUACAAAAUGUUGCUUAGUAGCAGUAGUCUUUUGGGGGGUGAAAAAGCAGAAAGCUGUGAUGGUCAUCUAGUGUUUUCGUUCACUGCCCCAGUGGAACUUGAACCUUAUUAUGAGUCAAAAGUCAGUGGCUGGAUAAAAAGAAUAUGUGGUAUGGGUAAGGCACUUGGAAUGAGUGAGCAUCUGACAGUUAAGAAGGAGCAAGUGUCAUUUGCACAGGUGACUUUGUAG